CCCGUUUCCGCGCGCCUAUUUGGCAGCUGGUCACAUGGUGAGGGUGGGGGAGAGGGGGCCUCUCUAGCCUGCGGCCUGUGUCUAUGGUCCCGCCCGUAACGUCCAGCUGCCCCGGACGGAGCUCGAGUGUAUGGCGCCGAAGGAACCGGCUCCGGGGUCCCGAUAACGGGCCUGCUCUCGUAGCUCUUGGCCUGCAGUAAGGGUCUCCCCUUAUCUGAGAAUGGCUACCUCACGAUAUGAGCCAGUGGCUGAAAUUGGUGUCGGUGCCUAUGGGACGGUGUACAAAGCCCGUGAUCCCCACAGUGGCCACUUUGUGGCCCUCAAGAGUGUGAGAGUCCCCAAUGGAGGAGGAGCUGGAGGGGGCCUUCCCAUCAGCACAGUUCGUGAGGUGGCCUUAUUGAGGCGUCUGGAGGCUUUUGAACAUCCCAAUGUUGUCCGGCUGAUGGAUGUCUGUGCCACUUCCCGGACUGACCGUGAAAUCAAGGUGACCCUAGUGUUUGAGCAUGUUGACCAAGACUUAAGGACCUAUUUAGACAAGGCACCACCACCAGGCUUGCCAGCCGAGACCAUCAAGGAUCUGAUGCGCCAGUUUCUAAGAGGCCUAGAUUUUCUUCAUGCCAAUUGCAUCGUUCAUCGGGACCUGAAGCCAGAAAAUAUUCUGGUGACAAGUGGUGGGACAGUCAAGCUGGCUGACUUUGGCCUGGCCAGAAUAUACAGCUACCAGAUGGCCCUUACACCUGUGGUUGUUACACUCUGGUACCGUGCUCCCGAAGUUCUUCUGCAGUCUACAUAUGCAACCCCUGUGGACAUGUGGAGUGUUGGCUGUAUCUUUGCAGAGAUGUUUCGUCGGAAGCCUCUCUUCUGUGGAAACUCUGAAGCUGACCAGCUGGGCAAAAUCUUUGACCUGAUCGGGCUGCCUCCAGAGGAUGACUGGCCCCGAGAUGUAUCUCUACCCUGGGGAGCCUUUCCCCCAAGAGGACCUCGCCCGGUGCAGUCAGUGGUGCCUGAGAUGGAGGAGUCUGGAGCUCAGUUGCUGCUGGAAAUGCUGACUUUUAACCCACACAAGCGAAUCUCUGCCUUCCGAGCCCUGCAGCACUCUUACCUACAUAAGGAAGAUGAUCCAGAGUAAGCAUUGGAGUGGCUGCCACAGAAGGAAGAGAUGAUGCCAUUUUCCCUCUUCUGGACACUUGAGUGGAGAAAACGCCAUUGAGAAGGCGACCUCUGCCUUUCUCUCUGAGGCUGUGAAGACUCCUCCAACUUUUUACAGAGAAUUUUUUGCUGCCUUAAUGAAAUUUUAUACUCACCCUUCCUUUUGAGGCUUAUCCUUCUCCUGCCCCCCCUCCCAUUUCUAUACACUAAGGGGUCUAUCUCUCCUCCUCUUCCCUACCUUGAUAUUGGGGUCCUUUUUUUAUACAGGAAAACAAAACAAGACAAAGAAAUAUGGUCUUUUCUUUAA